AUGUCUGACAACAAAAAAAUAGGACCUAAAAACGUGAAAUGCAAAGAAUGUGGACGAGAAUUUACAAUGAGGAGAAAUUUAUACGCUCACAUGAGGAACUUGCACGACGAUAAGCCCAUUGAUAUGUCCAGCAAGUUAGGGUGUGCUUUGUGCAAUCAGAUGCUUGUGAAUUACUGUUUGUUGCGAGAACAUUACCACAGCGAACAUUCUGAAGUAAACCUUUUACUUGAGAUUAAAUCUUUUGAUGAUCAAAAUUCGUUUGACAUUUGGAAGGGAAGUUUUGAAAGAGAGACAAUAUCUCAUUUUAUACAGCGAUCUAUUAAAAAAUUGUCUGAUUUAUCAGUAGUUAAGUAUUAUGUGUGUCAUCGUAGUAGAAAGAGCCGCAUUGAAGUCAGCGACGGGGAAAGAAAACGUCACGUUAAGACCAUGGGGACUAAUAAAAUUAAUAACAGUUGUUCAGCUACUGUGAAAGUUACGAAGUAUUCUGAUAGCGGAAAUAUUUCUGUUGAGCUUCAAUCUGUACAUGUUGGUCAUGAACAUGAGGCUGCUAGAUUGCCUCUAAGUCUGAAUGAACGCAAGCUUUUAGCUAUUCAGAUGGAGCAGGGAAUACCAAAAUCUAGGUUUUUAGCCAAUUUAGAUAGUGACGUAUGUUUCGAUAAAAAUGAUGCUCUUUCUGUGCAUCUUAAAGUUCAGAAAAUGCUGAAGGAGCCUGGCAACCAUGUUUUGCUGUACAAGCCAGUUGGAGAGGCCUCUGAAAUGCCAGGAAUUUACGAAAAUGAUUUUUUGCUUGGUAUUAUGAGCAAUGCUCAACAAAAGCUGCUAGAAUUAAAUGAUGGUAUCCUUAUGAUAGACUCCACUCAUGGUCUUUAUCAGUAUCAGCUUAAAUUCACCACACUGAUGGUUAAUGAUACUAAUCGUGAAGGUUUUCCAGCUGCUGUAUUUUACUCUUCUAUAGAAACAGCUGACGUAGUGAAAUAUUUUUUUGAAGCAAUAAAUAAACGUGUGCCAGAUCUUAUACUUCUUGCUGUUUUUAAGUCAGAUGAUGCACCAGCCUAUUAUAAUGCAUGGGUUAAUGUUUUGGGGGAAUGUGACUUUCACUUAUUAUGUAGCUGGCAUGUUAAAAGGGCUUGGAAAAAGAACUUAAAUUCUAAGGUUAGGGUAACUGAUUUAAGAUCUGCCAUUAAAUCUGAUUUAUUUGAGCUUCAAGAAGAGACUGAUGUUGUGACAUUUGAUCAUUAA